UUCAUAAUGAGAUUCAUUUCGCUUUGUGGAGCAUUGUGGAUACCAUGACACCACUAGAGUUUGCUUGGUUCCUGACUUUUCUCUUCCUAAAGACCUCAGCUCAGGACCCUGACAUGAGCACCUCCACCUUUAUACGCCAGGAAAGGGCUUUUUAUUCAGUCAAUGUUGGCAGCAACGUUACUCUGCCCUGUUUCUACCUUAAAGGCGCAGUAAUGAUUUACUGGUUUAAACAAACUCUGGGCCAGAAACUAACUGCUAUUGCUACUCUAUAUAAGCAUAAUGAAAAUGGCAGCUUUCACAACGAGUACAAGAACAAUCCUCGGUUUGUACUUGAAAGGGGUCAGGGUAAAAAUCACCUUAAAAUCUCUGAUUUGCAAGCUUCAGACUCAACUAUUUAUUACUGCGUCGCUAUAGAUGCACAUAAGUUUGAGUUUGGAGAUGGAGCUACAGUCAUAGUGGAAGGUUCUGGUUCUAAGGUCCACACGUUGGCCCAUAAGAAAGUAUCAGAAACCGACCAGACACUGGACUGUGUGGUGGACCCAGGAAGCUGCCAUGGAGAGGGCAGUUUCUACUGGUUUAGAGACGCUAAAGAACAUCAACCAGGAAUCAUUUACACUCAGUGUAACAGAACAAAAAGGACAUCAACCUGUGACUACAGUCUGCCUCUGAAUGUGUCUGAUAUCGGGACUCACCGCUGUGCCGUAGCCUCAUGUGGACAUAUAAUCUUUGAAGAAAAACAAAAUAAGAAAUCAACAGGUGAGCUGAACCCAGAACUUGUUGUACUGUGCUUAAGUGGAGCUCUGGCAUUCAUCCUCAUCCUUAAUGCUUCGAUGGCCUUCUCAGUAUUCAGGAUAAGGAAAACAAUCCAAUCCCAUUGUACAGCAAACUCACAUGUAGCACCAGCAGAUCCUGACACAGUGUAUUCAGAGGAAUACCAAGAUGAAUAUAGUGUCCAAUAUUCUGCUGUGAGACAACAACGAUUUAAUGGAGCAAGACGACAAAGAGAUGAUAUAGAGGAUAAAUGUGUGUAUGCAAGUGUAAAACAAGGCAAAUCCCCGACUGAAAAACCCUCUACUGCAACGUAACAGCUGUAAGAUAAUAUCUUGGACCAUAUAUUUUUUGAUCUAAUGUAAAAA